CAUGAGAACAACUCCUAAUAGUGUCAAAGAAACUGCUUCAAAAACCUCAACUCAGGAUUACAAAAAAUAAUAAUCAUAACCUGUAUGUGAUUUAAAAUAUUAUAAAGACUGUUAGCAUACCAGAAUCUAGUUAAUUAUUUCACAUUCCUUAAAAAUACUGUCAUCAACGCUUUAAACCACAACCAACUACAUCCAAAUCUAUUGAGGAAAAGAGAUGCAAAGUCAAUAAAACUAAUCUAUCUGAAUUGAAUAAUCGUACAAAUAGCAGUUCGAAAAGUCGUAUUUCUGGUUUCACAAGCAAUCAAUUGGAAGAUGAUUCUUUGUAUAAUUCCUAGAAUGCACUUAAAUUAAAGAAAAUAAUAGGUGAUUCCUAGGUUUAUAACACUAACCUCUUUGUGUAUUAAUUUCAUAAUAAUCCUUUUUAGUUCUAAAUCCAAUCUAACUUGUGAUUCUUCCAGUCCAGGAGCCAGACAAAACAAAUCAGCUUAUAAAAAAUCAGCAGAUUUCGAUAUCACUCAAUUGAACAUGUUAAGAGAAAAGUCUUUGAUGCAGAAAAAGGGUUAGUCAUAAUAGGUUGGUCAAUAAAAAGAAUUGAUAGAUUCAUUUCUAAACCUAGACAAACAGAUUUAAGGGGCCACAUUGGAAUAACAGAAGAAAUAGCAAUAUUUAAAGUAAAGGGGAUUAUGGGAUCCAUUUAAAGAUCUGUUUAUUAAAUAAUUUGCCAGAACUCCUGUAUAAUUUAAGAGUGUCUUCAAUUAGUUGUAAGUAUAAGUGAGGGAAAUAGAAUAGUAAUGGUCAGAUAUCAUAAUGUAAAUUGCAAACAAUUUAUUUGAAUUAUUUUAAAAUUCUGCAAUUCUGAUGGCUUAUGAGUAGGAUUUGAAGUUGAAUGAAAUGAUCGAAUAAAUGAGAAGGGAAAGAGAUAUUUGGCAGAAUAACUUUAAGUCUCUUGAAUAAGAAAGAGAUAUUCUCUUGGAGACUGUUUCUCAAUUAAAACAAACAUUAGAAAAAGAGAGACCCUCCCCAUUCAAAUCAGAUAGUAAAUAAAAGGAUUUUGAUUCUGCAGACAUUCCCUAGUUAAAAGAAAUGAUUAAUAUAAUGCAAUCAAAAAUUUCAGAAAUGUCUGAAAAAGAAUCAAAAUUAAUUAAGUUAGUAUUAGCCAUUCGUAGAUCAGGAAUUGAUAUAGAGAAGAUAUAUAAUGAAGAAGUUUUAAAUGAAGACUCUUUAUCGGAGCAAAAUAAUCAUUCAAAUAGAGAAAAAAAGUAAAUUAUUUAUUUAUAUAUUAGAUCUUUGAUUACUAGAAUUGAAAGAAGUUUUCACGAUGCUGAUAAUUCAGUUGUUAAUGAUUCAGAUGAAUCAAGUUUUUAAUAUAAUGGAAGACUCGAUGAUGAAAGCAUUAUUGAAAGUAUUAGAAGGUUUGAAAACAGGAAUUAAAAUAGUGCUUAUGCAACAGAAAGUAAGAGUUCGAUAAAAAUGAAGAUAGAUUUAUCGAAAUGUAAUUAGUAAUAGCAAAAAUUGCAAUAAUUGUAAUAGUUGUAAUAGUAAUAACAAUAAAAAAAAAUUUAACAGUAACUUUAAUAAUAAAAUAUGAACAAAUUAAAAAUUCCUGAUUAGGAAGGGAUAGGAUUUCAUUAAGAAUUUAUGUUGAAAUUUAAUGAGUUUUCUGAAAGCUGGAGAGUUUAGGUAUUGAAGGAUGAAAAGAGAACUAAAUCUUGA